AUGUUGAAACGAACAUCUUUGAUAUAUCUAUCAUGUAUCUUGAUUGUUACCAUACCAUUACUUUUGCAUAUAAACAAUGUUUCUGGGCCAUACGAUAAAGUUGACGAACAUAAAACCUUUCACAAUCAAAAAAGGGCCUUAACAAGUCCGAAUAUACUUAAAGUUGAGAAUGAUGAAGAGCUAUUUUGUGCAGUUACCAACCCUGUCACUGGAUCGUACAUCGAUCUAUCACAACUAUCUUCUACGCCGAAUAAAUUAAGGGAGGGCCAAAAACAGAAUCCUGGGAAUAACAAACACGAACUUUUGAAAACAAAGUGGUCAGUGAGGGGAUGGGGCUACGAUACUAACUUUACAUUAGGUAUCUGCUCUAGUCCGGUCGGCGAAACGGAGUCUCAACAACUUUCCAAUCUAACAGGGGCUUUCUACGUAGAUCAUCGAGAUGAGAAUAGUUUAGUGUCGAUUGGAGAUUUCAGUACAGAACCUGUAUUAGUGGGCGGUCCUACUGGCAAGAAGCUAACCCUGAAAUACGAAAACGGCUCGACAUGCCCGAACGGAAAGGAUAAGAAAGCGACUCUAUUGAAUUUUGUUUGCGAUAAAGAAAUUCAAUCCAAAGCGCAGAUAUCGUACAUUGGAAACUUACAUAAUUGCUCGUACUUCUUCGAGGUCCGCAGCAUUUAUGCUUGCCCCACCUCAAACAAAAAGAACGAGGUUAGCGUUGUGGGUAUCUUCAUAGGUAUCUUCGUCAUAUUCUUCUUGGUAGAGUUCGCAGGAAGAAGAUGGAUAUAUGCUAAACUCAAUAGGCACUUGAAGAAUAAUGACGAUUUAGGUGACUUAUCACCAUCCUUGAACGAGCAACCGCACUGGGACCUCAUAGAGGGCGGGUCACGUUGGAACGUAUUCUUCAACAGAAUAGCUAAGACGACAAGAAGAUUUACCAAAUCGUUGAUGAGAUUUUUAGUUAGGGGCAGGAACGGCCGUCAGGACGGCAUAAGACUACGGACAUCUCCAUCUGCUUCUUCUUCCAGCCUUGCCAAUAGAGAGUUCUUCAGAGACAUGGAAGCACAGAACGAAAUCAUUGACAGUCUGGACAUCAAUAGUCACACUACAGAAGGUGAUCUCUCAACUUCAGCAGACCAUAGCGUGUAA